AUGGCUCACCAAGCUCACGCCUUCCACAUAGUUGACCCUAACCCCUGACCCCUUAUAGGUGCCGCGGCAGCCUUCCUCCUGACCUCAGGAUUAGCCGCAUGAUUUCACUUUAAUACUCCCCUAGUUCUUAUAUUUGCCCUAGUUUCCACACUACUAACUAUAUAUCAGUGAUGACGAGAUGUCGUUCGAGAGGGCACCUUUCAAGGACAUCAUACACUGCCGGUCCAAAAAGGCUUGCGAUACGGAAUAAUUCUUUUUAUCACAUCAGAAGUCUUCUUCUUUGUCGGCUUUUUUUGGGCAUUUUAUAAUGCUAGCCUCGCCCCAACACCAGAAGUUGGUGAAUGCUGACCCCCUACAGGCAUUACCCCAUUAAAUCCAUUUGAAGUACCACUCCUAAAUACUGCAGUUCUACUAGCCUCUGGGGUCUCCGUUACAUGGGCCCACCACAGUAUUAUACAAGCCAACCGAGAAGGCGCCACCCAAGCCCUAGCCCUAACUAUCAUUCUUGGCCUCUACUUCACCGCCCUCCAAGCUAUGGAAUAUUACGAAGCCCCAUUCACAAUUGCCGACGGCAUUUAUGGCACUACCUUUUUUGUAGCAACAGGAUUCCACGGCCUCCACGUGAUUAUUGGCUCCCUUUUUCUUCUUAUGUGCUUCCUUCGACAAGUAUUUUUUCACUUUACCUCUCAACAUCACUUUGGAUUUGAAGCCGCCGCAUGAUACUGACACUUCGUUGACGUAGUAUGAUUAUUCCUUUAUGUUUCAAUCUACUGAUGAGGUUCUU